UGCAUUAAACUCAGCUUGUUUGCAUCUUAUUAUCGGCUAAGUGGUUUUUUAUAUAUUUCUCUCCAGGUCAAAAUUUAGCAUAGCGAAGAAAACCAAAUGUUUAGAAAACAACAGUUUUAAAACAUUUGCUUUCCUUACAGGAGAGAAAAAAUGCAAAAAACCUAACCCGAAAACCGCCAACUUGAUGCAAGCCUGGCUUAAAAGCAAAGCUGGGAAUUGAAAAUCCGCCAAACCAUGUUAGGCCUGGGUUGCCCUGAUUAGAUUGAAAAGAAGAAAGAAACCCCAAAGAAUCCGAUAUAUAUAAAACUUCAGAUUUCCUGCCCUCCUUCAGAAUGUCGCUUAGCAGACGAAGUUCAGUUCAUAGCUCCAUGUUCACUGAUCUUCUAACUAAAGAAGAAAUGGGUAGACUUGGAUUGGAUCAGGAUCAGGUUGUUGUACUAAAAAGAUGUUUUGAUGGGUUUGCUGAUGAUUGUGGAGCUAUUCCUGUCGAUCAUGUUGGAAACAUCCUAGCUAUCAUGGGCAUGAAGGUGAAACCGUCUGCCUUAAAAGAGAUCAUUGAAGAAAUAGAUGAAGACGGAUCUGGGGUACUUGAGUUUGGUGAGUUCUGCCAACUAGCAGCCAGGUUCCUGGUGGAGGAAGACGAGGAGGCCCUCAGGAAGGAACUGAAAGAAGCAUUCAGAAUAUACGACAAAGAGAAAAAUGGAUAUAUCUCAAUCCAAACAUUGAAGGAGAUACUCAGAGAAUUGGACAGUAAGCUAACUGAAGAUGAUUUGAACAGUAUAAUCGAAGAGGUAGACGGGGACGGAAGUGGGACUCUGGACUUUGAUGAAUUCAUGGAGAUGAUGACAGGAUAAACUUACAGCCUUGGAAUAUUGUGAACAUCGUCUACUUAAUACUUUAACUUCGACAUCUUGAACAUUCAUUUUGAGAUAAUGUUCAACUUUGUGAACACUUUCUUCAAACUAUUCAUCAUUUGGGAAAAUCCUGUUGCUCGGAUCAUCAUGGGUAACAUUGGGAAAGUUAUGUUCGACAUUAUGAACAUCAUGUUCGUUAUUGGGAACAUUAUGUUCCAGAUCGUGAAUAGAAUGUACCAACUUCGUUCACACUUUGCUACAUUUAUAAACCAUAUUAAGCAUGUAAAAAUCCACCAAAUGCAAAUAUAUUACUUACUUAAAUUUAAAAAAUUAAAAAAUAUUUUGUGAAGUAUAUAACUAUAUAUCUACUUGUCAUUAAUUAGAUUUUUGCGAAAUCAAUCAUUGUGAUUUUCAAUGACUCGAAUUUUUGUUUUUAAAUUUCUUGUCUGGAUUUCAUUGAAUAAAUGUAAAUGAU